AUAUAACCAAUCAACUCAAGUGUGCAUCUAGAAUCAAGAAAACCCGAAACCCUUUCGGUAAAGAAAUGACGACGGGGGCCUUUUCCUGAUGCUUUCCUCCUUCCUAUCUAUCCUAAUUGUGACCUUGUCCACUUGCGCAAACCCACAGUGCUGUGGACACCGUUCUCAGGCAGAAGUGAACGGAUCAUCUCUGGUCUCAGUUAUCCCGUGGAGACCCACAGUUAGAAUUAGGACGCCUGAGCUGUAUUUCAGGCCAGAGUUGUCGCAACCGAUGCCCCAAAAAGAUCGUCUUUCCGUCUGACACCCCUUAUCUCCUCCGCAUCAGCCUAACAAUAUCGCCCUCACAAACCGAAGAGUUUUUCUUUUUUUUUGUUGCAAUUUUAUUGUGCCGAUGUGCGCCACUAUCCAAGAUGUUAGCGAGGUCACCUUACAUGCCUCAGCACAGAGGCAGAAGCCCCAGUUUUCACUGUCUGUGUAAACAAUAAGAUAUCGCUUUCUGUCCUCCCCGGGAAUUGUCUGGAGGACGAAAGGGCGUCAGCGUGAGCACUCCGGGUUGGUUUUGGGAGAGGUUUAUAAAUUGGCCCACCGUGGUGCCCAGGAGAUCAUUUGGAGGAACGUGUGGACUGGUGGACAAUGGCUCCGCUAUCCGUUGGACUGGUGAGGAAAAUCCUACUGGGGCUGCUCUGGCCCGCCCUCAUUUUAGCCGUACCCAACCCCACCCUAAGCCCCAACCAACCGGAUGAGCUCAAUCCAACCCAAGAAUUCAACCCUGACACAGAGCCCUAUAAAAUGGAGGAACACUACACACAUGCAGAACACGAGCCCAGCACAGAGAUCCCCCCAAUUCCUGAACACUACCACCAUACUGAGGGUCAACCAAUGGCAGACCACAACACUGAGACCCCCCCAAUGCCUGAACACUACCACCAUACUGAGGGUCAACCAAUGGCAGACCACAACACUGAGACCCAACCAAUGCCUGAAGACUACCACCAUACUGAGGGUCAACCAAUGGCAGACCACAACACUGAGACCCAACCAAUGCCUGAACACUACCACCAUACUGAGGGUCAACCAAUGGCAGAAGACAACCCCAGCACAGAGACCCCCCCGCACCACAACCAUACUGAGGGUCAACCAAUGGCAGACCACAACACUGAGACCCAACCAAUGCCUGAACACUACCACCAUACUGAGGGUCAACCAAUGGCAGAAGACAACCCCAGCACAGAGACCCCCCACACCACAACCAUACUGAGGGUCAACCAAUGGCAGACCACAACACUGAGACCCAACCAAUGCCUGAACACUACCACCAUACUGAGGGUCAACCAAUGGCAGAAGACAACCCCAGCACAGAGACCCCCCCACACCACAACCAUACUGAGGGUCAACCAAUGGCAGACCACAACACUGAGACCCAACCAAUGCCUGAAGACUACCACCAUACUGAGGUUCAACCAAUGGCAGGACACAACACAGAAACCCCCCCAAUGCCAGAACACUACCACCAUACAGAGGCCCCCCCAAUGCCAGAACACCACGCCCGCACAAAGCCCCACCCACGGCCAGAACACUACGCCCACACAAAGGGUCACCCAAUGCCAGAACACAACACCCACACAAAGCCCCACCCACGGCCAGAACACUACGCCCACACAAAGGGUCACCCAAUGCCAGAACACAACACCAACACAAAGCCCCCCCCACGUCCAGAACACGCCUACACAAAAGGUCGCCCAAUGGCAGAGCCUAACACCAACACAAAGCCCCACCCACGUCCAGAACACGCCUACACAAAGGGUCACCCAAUGCCAGAACACAACACCAACAGAAAGCCCCCCCAACGUCCAGAACACGUCUACACAAAAGGUCGCAAACCGUGGGGAGACAACCACAUGGCAGAGCCCCCCCCAAUGCCGACGGUGCCCGCUCACCAAUAUCCCGGCCGCAUGGGUCCGCCCAUGAUGCCCACCCCGCCCCCGGACUACCUCCGCCUCCCCAACGACACCGAUGGGGUGAUGCGCGGGUUCGAGCCCUUGCCCACGGGACUGCAGCCCGACAUGUCCUACUGCGACAUGCUGCUGGAGUCGCCGGUGCCGCCGCCCAUGGACAGCGUGCCCUGGUUCUGCGUCUGCUCCCACUGCAAGGGCAAGGCGGGACCCAAGGGUGACCGCGGUGACCGCGGCCUGCCAGGAAGUCCGGGUAGUCCUGGGAUAAGAGGUUUCACUGGGUUCAGAGGGCGACCUGGAUUCGUAGGCCACCAGGGCCUGAAGGGACAAAAAGGUGAUGAAGGAGGAAAAGGGGACCUGGGGCUCAGAGGAUAUACGGGAGCCAAGGGAGCCCCUGGUUAUAAGGGGGACAAGGGGGACCCGGGCAUAGAGGGGCCCCCAGGUGAACAUGGGCCCCAGGGUGAGCCGGGACAGUGCCCGGCCUCGUGCGAUAUCACCCAGGGCCCCACGGGCGACCCGGGGCUGCCCGGGCUCUCGGGGGGACGAGGGCUGCCCGGGAUCGCGGGUCCUCCAGGGGCCGCGGGGCAGAAGGGUGACACGGGUGACAUGGGGCCCCCUGGAAAUCCAGGGAGAGACGGGAUGAAGGGGGAUCAGGGGUCGAAGGGGGAGUGCAACUGCCGGAACGGCACCAACGGCGCGGAUGGCGCCGCGGGGCCACCGGGGCCCAAGGGCCAAAAGGGGGACCUUGGCCUCGUUGGCAUGAAGGGGGCUGUUGGCCCAAAGGGGGAGCAAGGAGGUAAUGGCAUGAUGGGAAUGCCAGGGCCUUGUACCCCUGCCAUCCAAUCAGCGUUCUCUGCAGCGUUACAUGACGUAUACCCCGCCCCCAACCUCCCAGUGCCCUUUGGGAAGAUCCUCUACAACAUGCAGGGGCACUACAACCCCAUGACGGGCGUCUACGUCGCCCCCGUCAACGGCACGUACGUGUUCAGCUACCACUUGACCGUCUACAACACCGUGCUGAAGGUGGGGCUGUUCGCGAACUUCCACCCCGUCGUCAAGACGACCGCGCCCGCCAGCCUGAGCACCGCCUCCCAGCAGGUGGUGCUGCACCUGGCCCAGUUCGACAGGGUGUGGCUGCAGGUGAAGGACGCCUUCAGCAACGGCAUGUACGCCGACAAGGAGAGCAGCAGCACCUUCAGCGGUUACCUCCUCCACCCCGACGUCUGCGACCAGCCGCUCAUCCGAGAGUUCUUUGACCCGCCAUCUGGGGACGAGUACGACUGGGGCAACAUGGAUGGCCUGACCACCCCCGUGCCUUAAACCUGGCCCAGAGUCAUAAUCACCUCUCAUUGUUCGUGCAGGGGGGGGGGGCGGGGGGGUGGUGUUAGGAGACAGGAGCAGAGGCAAUUGGUUGUUUAAGGAGGACUCCCAUCCCCCCCACCUUCCCCCCAAAACACUCGUCUCUCUCCAACCUACUUCAGGCUAGUUACCAUAGCGACAGACCUUUCGGAGACAGCCGUCCAUAACUUUCUGAUAGUCUUCAACAUUUCUCUAUGUAAUUAUAAGCAAUAUAUACUGAUACACUAUCCCUCAUAAAUAGCUGCUAUCCAGUCAUACUUUAUCCAGAUAAAUUAAAUAAGUGAACUCACCUGUGUGUACCUGUCACCUGUGUCUGCUCUAUCGGUUACUGCUCACAGAAAGAUCCCACACUUGAGGCAGGUGGUCCUAUGUGUCUUCACUGAUUUUCUUCCCCAACUGUGGCUGUUUAAACCAUAGACACUUGCAAUAGCAAUCUGCCAAACUAUAAAAAUCUAAUUAUUUAUCAGUUAUGAUCAGCUGAAUAUUUUUUUUUUUAAACCUGAACUAGAGGCUCACUGAUACUGGAAAGAGGACUAGCUCACCAAAAAAAAACAAAAAAAACAAUUAAAAACACCUUGCCGAGAAAUCUGGGAACAGAACUUUUUCUGUUUCCAGACAUCCACCUUGAGCAGAUUUACAGGUUUUGCAUUCUGUAGCUCAAUUCUAAGUACACAAUAUAAAGGGCAUUGAGUCUGGAAAAGUCCCUGAAUACGUAUUACUGUCUAUACAUAAGAUGGCCACAGGGGGAGGCUUUGCUUGUGUGCAACUGGCUGGUGGAUUGUGUAAGGCUGUACCUGUAGACAGGUGGCAAGUCAAUGUGAUGUCAAACGAGAGGGACCUCUGAAGCCAAAGGUCAGGGUUCAGAGGUCAGGGGUAGUAUUUGAAGCUCCCAUAGCACAGAAAAUGGAAUCCGAAGACCACGCCCACUCCUUGCACCAGAGGGAUUUAUCUUAUGUGAUUCAUAGAUUUUAUUUUUAUGACAAUUAUUUUGUUGGUGUUGAUUUUAUUUUGCUCUGUAUAAUUUUUUAUCCUUCCUAAAAUAAAAUGUUGAAGGA